AUAGUUACGGGAACGUUAAUUUUAGAAUUUACUGUCCUGUAUUUUCUAGAGUUUUAUCCGAUAUGUAUUUUUUAUUUCGGUCAUCUUCUCUGCAAAUAUCAACGAUAAAAUGUCAAAAUCAUAUGUUUUGGUUAUGUCAAAAAUCCGUCAUAACAUCGUAACGUGGUACUCAAAGUGAUAAUGAAAAUGCAUGGUUGAUUUAAAAUUCAUACCAGUCCAUGGAUGCUUUGUAUAUCGAUGUAAAUAAAACGACAAAAUCUUUAAAAAUGAACGAAAGUAAAAAAGUGGAUAAAAAAUGUAAAAGAUAUGCUGCAAGAUUACAAUCUUCCAAAGGGGUUACUUGUACUGAGAAGCCUGGAAUUAAUAUAAUACUUUGCAAUGUCGGUCAAGCUACAGGACUAUUAAAAGAAGACAUAGUAAAUCUAUUGAAUACCAUACCUUCAGUGAAACUAAAAAAGUUUGUUGCUCAAAAGGGGGAGUCACACUCAUAUUUAGUAUUUGAAAGUGAAUCUUGUGCUUUAACUUUUUAUCUUAAAUAUAAUGGUAAAAAGUGCUUCAACAAUGACACAUAUUUGUAUAUGUGUUUUGUUGAUAAAGUACCAAAUACAGAAGCUAUAUGUCCAUACAAAGAUCCAGAAGGUCUGCACAUUAUAGAAGAUUUUAUAAGUAUAGAAGAAGAAGAAAGAUUAAUAAAACUUUUUGACUGGAAGGAUGACAUACCAAAUCUAAAAAAUCGGCAAGUAAGACAUUUUGGUUAUGAAUUUCGUUAUGGAAGUAAUGAUGUAGAUUUAGAUGAACCUUUACCGAACAAGAUACCUAAGGAAUGUGAUAUUUUUUGGACAAGAUUAAAAAGAAAUAUAAACCUGGAACCACCUGAUCAGCUAACUGUUAAUAAAUAUAUCCCAGGGCAAGGUAUUCCAAUGCAUGUAGACCGACACAGUCCAUUUGGACCUACAAUACUGUCCGUCUCGCUGGGAUCCUCAGUAGUUAUGGAUUGGAGACAUCACAGUGGUCUGAAUGUACCCAUUGUUGUCCCACCGAGGUCAAUAUUGAUUAUGCAAGAUGAAGCAAGAUAUGACUGGCAACACGGAAUACAGCCUCGUACUUGGGACCCUGUCAUUGAACACCAAACUCAGAAUGGUCAACAUGUUAAAGUGGUUACAAAUGAGACUAGAAACAGGGAGAUGAGGAUAUCGUUGACUUUUCGAUGGACGAGACGCGGUAGUUGUGACUGCAUGUACAAGACCCUCUGUGAUUCUGCAGAUACUAAAUCUACUACUGAUUUGGAUGAUACCAUUGCUUCUAAUCUGGAGGAACUACAUGUACAUCAGGUGUACGAGCAGAUAUCGCGUCACUUCAGCAGCACGCGGCACCAGGCGUGGCCGCAGGUGGUGCGCUUCGUGCGCGACUCGCCGCCCGGCGCCGUCCUGCUCGACCUCGGCGCCGGCAACGGGAAGAACAUCCUCAAGCGAUCAGAUAUACUGCAGAUAGCAGGCGAACGUAGCAGUGGGUUGUUGAGUGAGUGCAAGAACUAUAUCGGCGAUGUGGCGGCGGCCGACUGCGUCAGGCUGGACCUGCUCUAUGCGGGCAUAAGGGACGGCUGCGCUGACGUCAUCAUUUGCAUUGCGGUCGUACAUCACUUCAGUACUCAGUCGAGACGAGUCCAAGCUUUACAAACAAUAGCUCGACUACUCCGUUCAGGAGGUCGCGCUCUUAUCACCGUAUGGGCUAAAGAUCAGACCAAAUCCAACUAUCUGUGCAAAAAGAAAGAAAAUGUAAUACAAAACAAUAGCAUCGUCGAAGUGGCCGGUGUCAAUCUCCCGGUGCACGAGAAUAGAACUCAGUUUCAACACAAAGAUUUGCUUGUCCCAUGGAAAUUGAGAGGCGUAAAAGAAGAAAAACUAGCAGAUAAACCAGAGAGCACAUUGUUAAGGUUCUAUCAUGUGUUUGAAGAAGGUGAAUUGGAACAAUUAUGUGUCUCGUCUAAUUUAAUCGUGGAAAAAAGUUUUUAUGACGAAGGAAAUUGGUGCGUUGUUUGUAAUAAACCAUAAAUUGUUCAAAAA